AUGGCCGCCGCCGUCGCUGCUGCCGCGGAUGUUGAGAACCCUCUUUUGAAGGACUUCGAGUUCCCUCCGUUUGAUUCCGUCGAGGCCGACCAUGUCCGUCCUGGGGUUCGCGCUCUGCUCAAGCAGCUCGAGGAUGAUCUGGAGGAACUGGAGAGGACCGUGGAGCCGACUUGGUCGAAGCUGGUGGAGCCGUUGGAGAAGAUUGUCGAUAAAUUGACCGUUGUUUGGGGCAUGGUUAAUCACCUGAAGGCGGUCAAGGAUACCGCUGAGCUCCGGGCUGCUAUCGAGGAAGUUCAGCCCGACAAAGUCAAGUUUCAGCUCAGGUUGGGACAGAGUAAACCCAUUUAUAAUGCUUUUAAGGCCAUUCAGGAAUCUCCCGAGUGGCAGCAUCUCAGUGAUGCUCGGAAGCGGAUAGUUGAGGGCCAAAUAAAGGAAGCGGUCCUCAGUGGUGUUGCUUUAGAGGACGAGAAAAGAGAAGAGUUCAAUAAAGUUGAGCAGGAACUGGAAAGAUUGUCUCAAAAGUUCGACGAGAAUGUGCUGGAUGCCACAAAGAAGUUUGAAAGACUUGUCACGGAUAAGAAAGAGAUUGAAGGAUUGCCUGCCACUGCACUUGGGUUGGCUGCACAGACGGCUGUAUCCAAGGGUCACCCUGGGGCAACUUGUGAGGAUGGACCAUGGAUAAUUACUUUGGAUGGCCCUAGUUUUGUGUCUGUCAUGCAACAUGCUCGAAACCGUGGUUUGCGAGAAGAAGUUUAUCGUGCCUAUGUUACUCGUGCUUCAAGUGGAGAUCUGGAUAAUACACCAAUCAUUGAUCAAAUAUUAAAGCUUAGGCUGGAAAAGGCUAAGCUACUUAACUAUAAUAAUUAUGCUGAGGUAAGCAUGGCAACCAAAAUGGCUACAGUUGAGAAAGCUCAAGACCUUAUGGAAAAACUGCGAUCGGCUUCUUGGGAUGCAGCUGUUAAAGACUUGGAAGAGCUUAAAUAUUUUGCCAAAAGCCAAGGUGCUGCAGAAGCAGAUGACUUGAGACACUGGGACAUCAGCUUUUGGGCAGAGAGGCUACGUGAGGCAAAAUAUGAUAUCAACGAGGAGGAGCUGCGGCCUUAUUUCUCAUUACCGAAGGUUAUGGAUGGUCUUUUCAAUCUUGCGAAAAAGCUCUUUGACAUAAAUAUUGAAGCAGCUGAUGGCCUCGCUCCUGUUUGGAAUACAGAUGUUCGGUUCUAUUGCAUCAAGGAUUCCUCAGGCUCGCCAACUGCAUACUUCUAUUUUGAUCCUUAUUCCCGUCCAUCUGAGAAAAGGGGAGGUGCAUGGAUGGAUGAGGUCGUUGGAAGAAGUCGUGUUCUGUCACGCAAUGGUACCAGUCCAAGGUUACCAGUAGCGCAUAUGGUAUGCAAUCAAACACCACCAGUUGGUGACAAACCAAGUCUUAUGACAUUCAGUGAGGUUGAAACUGUCUUCCAUGAGUUUGGCCAUGCUCUUCAACACAUGCUUACCAAGGUGGAUGAGGGCCUUGUUGCUGGAAUCAGGGGAAUAGAGUGGGAUGCUGUGGAAUUGCCUUCUCAAUUUAUGGAAAAUUGGUGCUAUCACAGAGAAACCUUGAUGGGCAUUGCGAAACACUACGAAACUGGUGAGAACCUACCAGAAGAGGUGUUCUUGAAGCUUGUGGCUGCACGAACAUAUCGGGCGGGUACCCUUAGUCUACGUCAGUUAAAAUUUGCAACAACAGAUUUGGAAUUGCACUUAAAUUAUGUGCCAGGAGGUCCGGAAUCUGUCUAUGAUGUGGAUCAGAGAGUCUCAAAGCGUACACAGAUUAUCCCACCUUUGCCAGAAGAUAGAUUCCUUUGUGGUUUCAGUCAUAUUUUUGCAGGUGGAUAUGCGGCGGGAUAUUACAGUUAUAAGUGGGCUGAGGUAUUAUCUGCAGAUGCUUUUUCAGCUUUUGAAGAUGCUGGAUUGGAUGACAACAAGGCUGUUAAAGAGACGGGACACAAAUUCCGGGAAACUGUUCUCGCUCUUGGUGGUGGCAAAGCGCCGUUGGAGGUGUUUGUGGAGUUCCGAGGUCGUGAACCUUCUCCGGAGGCGCUACUACGCCACAAUGGUCUGUUGGCAGCAGCUGCCUCUGCAUGA